CUGCGUUAGCUGGCACCCGUUCCGAUGUCACUUCGUUGUUAUCCGCUAAGUUUCGGCAACUCCUUUUGUAUGCUCCUUCGAAGUGGCGACGAGAUCUCAGCAAAAGAAAAAGAAAUCAGCGACGAAAUAAUUCCCAAAGCUCUCCGCUUCUCUCGGGUACUCUAUUCGUUCAGAUAUGCAGAGGUUUUCCGCUGUGAGACGCGUCGCAGCUUUUCUCCAGAAUCGGAGCCGGCAAAGAGCUUCGUUCUCGACCUCCCUCCUCUUCGAUGAUACCCAGAAACAGUUUAAGGAGAGUGUUUAUCAAUUUGCGCAAGAAACCAUUGCUCCACAUGCCGCAACCAUUGAUGCUACAAACAGCUUUCCAAAGGAUGUUAACUUGUGGAAACUCAUGGGAGAUUUCAAUCUCCAUGGCAUUACUGCACCAGAGGAAUAUGGAGGACUUGGUAUUGGUUACUUAUACCACUGUAUAGCAAUGGAGGAAAUAAGUCGUGCUUCUGGAUCUGUUGGCCUUUCUUAUGGUGCUCAUUCAAACCUUUGCAUUAAUCAAUUGGUGCGACAUGGGAGCUCUGCACAAAAGCAGAAGUAUUUGCCUAAGCUUAUCAGUGGGGAGCAUGUAGGGGCAUUGGCUAUGAGUGAACCCAAUGCUGGUUCUGAUGUUGUCAGUAUGAAAUGCAAAGCUGAUCGAGUUGACGGUGGCUAUGUCAUGAACGGGAAUAAGAUGUGGUGUACAAAUGGGCCAGUUGCUCAAACUUUGGUAGUUUAUGCAAAAACAGAUGUCAGUGCUGGAUCAAAAGGAAUUACUGCAUUUAUAAUUGAGAAAGGGAUGCCCGGUUUCAGUACCGCUCAGAAAUUGGACAAGCUUGGCAUGAGAGGAAGUGAUACAUGUGAGCUUGUAUUUGAGAAUUGCUUUGUUCCUGAAGAAAAUAUACUUGGUGCAGUGGGGAAAGGAGUCUAUGUCAUGAUGUCUGGGCUAGAUUUGGAAAGGCUUGUUUUAGCUGCUGGUCCCCUUGGUCUUAUGCAGGCAUGCCUUGAUGCAGUUAUUCCUUAUGUUCGCCAGCGAGAGCAGUUUGGCCAUCCGAUUGGGGAAUUUCAGUUUAUACAGGGAAAGUUGGCUGACAUGUAUACAUCCUUACAGUCAUCAAGAGCAUUUGUGUAUUCUGUUGCUAGGGACUGUGAUAAUGGAAAAAUUGACCGGAAGGAUUGUGCAGGAGUAAUUCUUUUAGCUGCUGAGAAGGCCACCCAAGUCGCUCUUCAGGCAAUUCAAUGUCUUGGUGGCAAUGGAUAUGUGAAUGAGUACCCGACAGGUCGUCUUCUGAGAGAUGCAAAACUAUUUGAGAUUGGUGCUGGUACCAGUGAGAUCAGACGAAUGAUCAUUGGUCGUGAACUUUUCAAACAAGACUAACAGGAAGAUGUUUUCCAUAUGAUUAUUAUUAAUAUACUCUGUCGAAUCACUGCUUGGAGCAGCAGUUACAGAGAUGCAAUGCAGGGUACUGUUUAUCAAAUUCAGUUGAUCUUUCCACCAGCCGGACUUGUAUCAACACAUUAUUUCUUCCACAUAGUAAUAAAGAGGGUUGAAUCGACAUUUUACUUCCUAGAAAUGUGUUGACGGUUUAUUGCACAA